GCCAUGACGCGAGUGUGCAUACUUCAUGUUUAAUGAAAACCAUGUUCAGUCGGUGAAAGAAAGUUCCAUAUGGAAGACCGAGCUGAUAUGAGGCGUUCGCACACGAGAGUUUAGGAAGAAGAUCUGGAAGGAUAAAUAAGCCUUUUUAAUGAACUGCAUUAACGUGCCAGCAUCUGUUUCACCUGAAGCCCAGUUCAGGUUUGGACAGAAAAAGACAUCGACAGAAUAAGUUUCCAAAGAAAUGUUACAAAAGCAAAUCUGGGCAUUUUCAUUGGCUAUUGUCACAUCUGCAACUAAUUCCAUGUAUUGGGUGUGUGAUUGUAGUGGCCCUGCUUGCCACAAGGAAACUUGUAUCGGAAAGGCCUGCUUCGUUACGGAAAGUAUAGAUUCAGACUCUGAAGAAGUUCAAAGAGUGAAGGGCUGCUUUAAUAACAGCGUAAUCGAGCAAUGCUCCGUCAACAUGGAAAACGCGGUAGCGGUAUGCUGUAAAUCUCACUUGUGCAACACAAAUCUCACCACCAUCCUUAGUGAGAAGACUACAACUGUACCCUCGGAACACAGCAUCAUACUAAUCGUCGUCCUCCCAGCAUUGCUAUUUCUGUUGCUUCUCUUCCUGCUUACAUUCUUCUUUUGGAAAAUGAGCCAACGAAGCAGGAAAAAAUCCUUGGCCAAACUUUAUGAUUUUGAUACUGAUUUUCCAAAGGCAUCCAUUGUUGGCGACAGUACAUUAGGGGAGCUCCUAGAUGAAUAUUGUACUACCGGCAGCGGCUCUGGCCUUCCAUUCCUUGUCCAAAGAACCGUAGCUCGGCAAAUUACUCUUGUUGAAUGCGUAGGCAAAGGACGUUAUGGAGAAGUAUGGAGAGGCAUGUGGCAGGGGGAAAACGUGGCUGUGAAGAUAUUUUCUUCUCGUGAUGAACAAUCAUGGUUCAGAGAGACUGAAAUUUACAACACAGUAUUGCUGCGGCAUGAAAACAUUUUGGGAUUUAUUGCUUCUGACAUGACAUCUAGAAACUCUAGCACCCAGUUGUGGUUGAUCACCCAUUUUCAUGAUAAUGGAUCACUUUAUGACUAUCUUCAAAGGACUACAAUAGAUUCUGAGAGCUGCUUGCUACUGGCAGUGUCAAUCAUAUGUGGCUUGGUGCAUCUCCACGUGGAGAUAUUUGGUACCCAAGGGAAACCCGCUAUCGCACACAGAGACCUUAAAAGUAGAAAUAUCCUGGUGAAAGGAAACAAACAGUGCUGCAUUGCAGAUCUAGGCUUGGCUGUGAUGCAUUCUCAGACUGGUGAUUACUUGGAUAUCGGUAAUAAUCCUCGGGUUGGCACCAAACGCUACAUGGCACCAGAAGUCCUCGAUGAAACUAUACGCACUGAUUCAUUUGAAUCUUACAAACAGACCGAUGUGUGGGCAUAUGGAUUAGUGCUGUGGGAAAUCUGCAGGAGAACGAUUAUAAAUGGUAUGGUGGAAGAAUACAAACCUCCUUUUUAUGAUGUUGUACCACAUGACCCAAGUUUUGAAGACAUGAAGAAGGUAGUUUGCAUUGACCAACAGAGACCCAAUAUCCCUAAUACCUGGACUUCAGACAUUAUUUUGUCAUCCUUAUCAAGAAUCAUGAAAGAAAGCUGGUACCCGAAUCCUUCUGCCAGACUCACUGCUCUAAGGAUCAAGAAGACUCUAAACCAGUUGAGGAAUUCGUUGAAUAUUUCAAAGCAAGAUUGUUAAAAAAAAAAAAAAGAGCUGAUUCAACAACUUUAUGCACUUCAGGAGAGAUUUGCGGAAAAAAGAGAAACAUUAUUUUACAGGAAACCAUGUGAAAAAGAUAGCUUUUCAAAGUUGUGCAGCCUUGUCUAAGUGACAAUAUUAAUAUGAUUCAGAAUUUUCCCCAGACAUGGAAAAAUGCCCUGAUACUUCAGUAUCAAGCACAGCAUACACAGAAAGACACAGCAUACACAGAUAAUUCUUGAUAUUCUAAGAAUAUGUUAAUGUUCAGCCAUGAUUGAACCAAAAAUCAACUAUUUAAACUACUUUUAAAGAACAAUUUCUAUAUACAAAAACUGGAUAAAGAUACUUCUGCCAUACUGGCCUUUUCCCCUUUUUUUUAUUGAGACACAUUGAUAUUUCACAUGUCGGAUAUAAAAACUCACAGAAGAGAAAUGGCUACUUAAUUAUAUAUCCCAUAUACUGCAAACGAGCACUUUAUACGUGUUGGUAGCAACAUGUAAAUUGUACAUGAUGUGCCCCUCAAAAAUAGCCUUUAUGGCAACUCUAGAUCAAGUCUAUGUAAAUAUGUAUAAGAAAACACACGAGGCAGUGCUAGAAUAAAGGCAGUCGCGUAUGUUCGUCAAGUAACUGUACCUAAGCUAAGGUGCCUUGCCUAUUUUUAUUCUAUAGUGUUUAGGUCUGCUGUGUCUGAAAUCAAAUGUAUUUAUUUCUUUGUCCUAAGGCUAGCAUCUGCUAUAAGAACAAAGACGUGUAUGUAUUAAAAUAUGAUGUUUCUUUAUUCUAGAACAUAACACAAGAUAAAGGAGGAAAUUCGCUAAGCAGUGAUUUUAAAAAACACCUUUUCGUUAAUCGAGCAGGGAAAGGCUUUGGCUGUAAUGCCUCUACCUGUGUAUCUUAUGUGCAAUAAUACUGGCAUAACAUGCCACAAAGGACCAGUGUGUAACGUCGCUGUUGACUGACCUGGACUCUUCAGUUAAUACAGUUAUUUACUGAUUUAUAUAGCACUAUCCUAUUCUGUAGCGCUGCACGAUGGAUUAAUCCAGAUGCAGAGCUUGGUCCAAAUAGGUUUCCUUUAAAAGAACCAUUACUCAUAGAGCAAGGUAUAGAGAAACAUAAGCAUUCAAGACCUCAGCGCUUUCUUCUUUAGAGGUAACACGUCCCCAUCUGAAUAAGUGGCUUCUGGUGUGUUGAAAGAUGAUGUGACUCUACUCCUUACCCUAUGAAUGUUGAUCCACUUCAUGGUAUUACAAGCUUUUUUGGACCAUCUUCACUGGCAAUAUAUACAACAUGAUUAACACCGUCACAUCUGUGUUUGUUUCCAUACACUAGUAAUGAAGGAAAGCUUAAUCAUAACAUAAAAUGAAUAUAUUAAUUCACUUGCCCUGGCUAUUCCACAGCUGCCAUAUUUUGAUUUUUACAGCCUACAUUAAAUGAAUUCCAAGAAUAAUUAUUAAAAAAAAAGUUAAAUUAGUAG